CAAGCAGCGCCACAACAAGCUCUGGAAACAGCAGGCGGGGGGCGGCUUCCCCCCCACUUCGGAGAGCUCCGCCGGGCCCAAUGAUUUCCUGCUUGGCAGCCUGGAGGAUGCGGACCUGGGGCCUCCCGGCCCGCCUCUCUGCACAGACCGCCGGAUGCCCCUGGAGUUGGUGGGCCUCCACUACUGCCUGCGGCGCCUCUCCGACUCCUUGCCAGGCCCCCGGGUGGGGGACCUGGAGGCAGAGUCCAGUCUGGAGGAGAACCUGCUGGGGCAGCUGCAGGCAGGAGAGCCGGAAGUCGAGGGGCAGGCCGAGCCGCCCAGCACUGCAGACACUGAGAGCCCCCCAAAGCCCGAGGCCGGCCAGCCGAGGGAGGAGGAGAAGCCGCCUGAGCGAUGGAAGCGGCGGUCGCUGGACGGGGAGGGCCGGCACAACUGCGAGAACCUGAAUAACAACAACAGUAAGAGGAGCUGCCCGGAUGACUUUGAACGUGACACCCUGUUUGGGAUCCUCCACAAAGUCAAGCCCCACUACAAGUCUUGCACCGACUGCCUGUAUCCCUUGGGUGGCUCCCCUCCCGAAGCCUUCAGGGACUCCCCGGAGCUCCUGCCAGCCGAGGCCCCUUGCCACCCUGCCACCGUCUGCACCCAGCCCUCCUUCCCAGCCUUUCUGGAGCAGGCCCUCCGCAAGGCGCCUCUGGAGGAAUCCCAGGGACCGAAAGCCGACAGUUCGCUCCCGAUGGUGGUGGGGAUGAACGCGGCGGCGGCCCAGGACGUCGGUCCCAGUCAGUCGGCUCCAGGCUGGCCCUGCGGCCCUUCUGAAAAGCCCAGGGAGGCCCCUAAAAGCCCCGCGGCUGCCUCGCUGGACUCCAGGCGUUCUCUCUGUGAGAGAAGCCCCCUCUUCAAGCAAGAUCCUUUUCCACGAAAAGAUGCUCGGCAGACCAAGGACCUGAAAUAUUUGCUCUUCAGCAAAGAUCUGGAGAGGCCAACCACAAACAGCUACCUGAUGCAACACCAGGAGUCUCUUCUUCAGCUCCAGAAAGCGGGCUUAGUCCGCAAGCACACCAAGGAGUUGGAGCGCCUCAAGGCCCUGCCACCCGACCCAGCCGGGCAGGGCAAGGAGUCUCCUGGAGGCCCCGCCGACGUCGUGACCAUAUUGGAAGAGGAUCCCCAGGAGGAGAUGGUGGUGGUUGAGGGCCAACUGCAUCCCUCCUCUCAAGAUGUCUCCGAGAAGCUCCUGAAGACCCUUCUUGCUUCCGGAGCCUCCCAGAAGACCUCCACGCCCGCCCCCUCCAAGGUGGACCACGCCAGCACCUUCACAAAGGACUUCCUGAAGACCAUCUCCUACACCCCGUCUUCCUCCAGGAGCUCCAACCUUACACGCAGCUCCAGCAGCGACAGCAUCCACAGCGUCCACGGGAAGCCCGGGCUGGUGAAACAGCGGACGCAGGAGAUCGAAACCCGGCUGCGGCUGGCCGGCUUGACCAUCUCCUCUCCGCUGAAGCGCUCCAACUCUCUGGCCAAGCUGGGCAGCCUCGACCUGGCCUCCGAGGACCUGGCGGGAGAGGUGGACCUGUCGCUCUUGGCCCAUCCGAGGGAGGCCACGCUGGGCGAGUCUCCCAUCCUUUGCAACCUCCUUUCCUGGAAGAAGAUGGGGAAAAGCUGACACCCUUGUGGGGCUGUUCUUUUAAUGGUUCCUUUUAGUUUCGUCUGUACUCGAUGCAAUUUUAUCCUGUUCCGAAAAGAAGAGAGAGUUGCCUUCCGCUUCUCAGGUGGCCCUUCAAGGACAGGGGCAAGAGAGCAGUGGCACCUGAGAAGGAGACCAGCCCAAAGAGAAGGCUCAGGGCCCUUGUGCCUCCCCCAGGGCCUCUUCUGGACUUCUAUUGGGCAGUGCCAUCCUUCCUUACAUGCCAAAAAAGGUUAAAAGAACCCAGAGAUUUUGCUUUGAAGGCAAGUGUUAGACUUCCUCCUUUAAGAGUCCCCCCGUUCAGGGGCCCAAAGGGGACACGAAUGCUACCUCCAGUUUUCAGAUCUACGUAGAUAAAUAGAUAGGCAGUCACCUCUGCGUGUGUAUGUAGUUUAAGAUUUUUCAAAACCUCCCCCCGAAACAGAUUUUUUUCUAAGGAAAAGAACCGUCCCUGGGUGAAUAGGAUUAUCGCCCUGGUGGUCCCUCAACACACCUGGAAUGGCAGAAGAGUUUUUCCAGCAGAAAGCAUCUUUUGCUAAGCCAUCGCUGGACUGAAUCUACCAGCCAGGGGCCCCCCGUCUGAACUGACCAGUGGCUGGCAAAGCUGUUUGUUUUCCCUCCACACUUGAUAGUUUUGUUUUUGGGGGGGGGGUGUUGUUGUUGGGUGGGAGCCCCCUGAAUCUCCCUCCCUUCUGCUGUACAUGUGGGAGAUGUUUACUAUUUCUCCCGAUCAGUUGAAAGCUGUAAAUUUCACUGUAGUGUUUACCUAGUGAGGAAGGACCAGUAAUGUAUGUUUCCUGGGGCAUUAAACACUUUUGUUGAUAAA